AUGACCACCAUCAGAUGUAUUAUAGCUAUUGCAGUUAAGAAAGGUUGGAGGUUAUAUAAAUUGGAUGUCAAUAAUGCAUUUUUACACGGUGAUAUAUCUGAGGAGGUGUAUAUGAAUUUUCCAGCUGAGUUGCAACUUCCCUCUCCUAAUAUGGGACUAAUUCUCAGCCAAAGUAAAUUCACACUUGAGUUGCUUACUGAAUUUGAUUGUUUUGAUUUAUCUCCUGCCCACUUUCCUCUUGACCAAUCUUGUAAGCUUCUUUCUGGUGUUGGUGAACCUCUUUCUGAUCCCACCAUUUAUCGUCGUGUUCUUGGUUAA